AUGCCAUUUUCAAGCAAGGUGUUCAGGAACUUGAGAGACUCGGCGGACUUUGCCAGUAUACUCGAGAAGAUGUGUACAUACAUUGCGACGAACAGCAAGGUGCAGGCUGGUGCGAUUCCAGCGUUCGAGAAACAGAUACCAGAGAUGAUACAGGUUAGUAAGGAGAAGUCAGAGAAGGCACGGGCCGCGAGGGAGGCCGCUAAGGGUAGUGAAUCGCCUAAAGAGACGACUCCCACCACCACGGCUACUACAAAGGACGAGUCUCCAGAUGUAACGCCGACCAAAGCAUCGGCGGACGAGGAGCCGAAUUCGACGGAAGCGAAGAAAGAUGAAAUGAUGCCACUUUACUCUAGCGAGACGAUGCGGGAUGUGGAGGGUUCGGUGUUUGGUGAUCGACUGGAGAAUGCAAGAGAAGGAGUGACAGACUAUCUGGCAAAGGCUGAGGUGAGGGAACAUCAUCGCUUUGAAGAUCUCGUGAAGCGUGGAUUUAUACUCGGUGAUUUCUCGACAGAAGAAUCUAACAAGGAGUUUUCUAUCGACAAGAAUGGUGAUAGUCCACAGGUGAGAGAAGCGUUUCACAGGGAGCUGCUCGCGAGGCAGAUUGAGAUUAUGGGCGCCUCUAAAGCGAACACUCGACCGCUGCUGAGCGAUUCGAUAGCAGACGCAGAGACCCUAGUAGGAAAACUGAACGACCUGGAGACGCAGUUCACUGAGAGAGAUAAGGCUGCAGAGGCACUUGCACAAUAUAGAGGGAAGUUAGCUGCAUUGAAUGAGGAGCAGGCUAAGGAGCUCAAAAAGAGUGUUCAAGAUAGAAUAGAAAGAAACAUAGUGAAGCAGGAAGAUGCUAUGUCCACCUGCGAGAGUGUUGACCAUUCUUGUCGACAGGGAGUGAUGUCCCUUUUGGGCAACCGGGAAGCGUACUUCUCUCGGCAAAUUGAUGAUUGCGCUGGAAAGCUAGAUGAAUCUCAGCGGAAGGCGUCACGUUUAUUCCGUAACGAGCUCAUGGAGCCUACCACUGGUGCCGUCAAUCACGAAUAUUCUCAAGCAUGUACGUUACUGGUGAAUCAACUGGACGCUAUGCACGAGGCGGUUCUGGACGCUCAGUGUGAACUGGCGGGAGCUGUAUGCUUUGCUGAGGAGAUGGUAGAUCGGAAUCAUGAGCUGCAAGCUCGGCUGCUGCAGCGGGAUAAGACGAAUGGCCAACUGGAGAGGUGUAUAAUGAACGUUGAGGAGCUCUCCCAGAAGGCAACCAAGCACAGGGGCCGUGACUAUGAUCAGCAGAUCAUCGCGGCACUGGACAAAUACCAUGCAGUGGAACGAGAGGCGGAAGUGUUGGAUCGGAGCGCUACUGCGGAUUUACGCUCACUUAUUGAGCAUGAGAACACGGACUAUGCUAGGGUUCUAGCUCCGUUUUCACGGUAUCUUGGAGUUGCUGCAUCAACGGAAGCUAAUACAGCGUAUAUACUAGCGAGGAAGAUCCCUAAUAUCCUCCGCUCGGCCGUACAUGAGGAUCUUACUUGUGAUCGGACGCCAAUCGGUCUCCCUAAGCAAGCUGCCAAGGGAGAGGAAGAUGUUACGAUAUCGGGUGGUACGACCGAAACCUCUCUGGAAGAACCACCGAAAACACUUCCAGAAGGGUCACCGAGGGCACAUGCGGAAGAGGCAUCUAAAGCACUUGCAGAAGGGUCACCGAGGGCACAUGCGGAAGGGGCAUCUAAAGCACUUGCAGAAGGGUCACCGAGGGCACAUGCGGAAGAGGCAUCUAAAGCACUUGCAGAAGGGUCACCGAGGGCACAUGCGGAAGAGGCAUCUGAAGCGCAUGCGGAGAGCAGUGAGUUGAAGCCAACUUCAUCCUCCUCCAAGCAACACGAAGAGAGAACGGAUGUAACCAAUGAGGCAGCAUAUCAUUCGGCUAGUAGCGGUGACGACAUUUAG